GCUCUUUUGAGGGCAGUUCUUGAGCUCAGACUACAUUUUGCUGAAAAAUACAAGCAACUAUUUGGUCUUGUCCUCCAUGAGUUCAUACAUGAGAUCAUAUAUCUUGGAAUCUGUCCUCUGGCUCUUCCCUUCGUUCCUCAAGGGAGACUACAAUGUAUCCGCUCCAAAGGGAGAGACUGAGACUUCACAGGAACACGUGGUCACCAGAGACCAGAAAUGUAGCCAUUCCUCUUGCCUGUCUGCCAGCCUAGGGGUGGAAGAAGAAGAAUAUGAACAGAUUCCCUCAGGGUUGCUGCCCCAGGACCCCAUGCAAGAGCUGUCAGGAGGUCUGAGGGAGAAAGAACUCUUCCCAAGGAGACUGAGGCUCAUUCUGGUGGGGAAAGCAGGAAGUGGGAAAAGUGCAACAGGAAACAGCAUCCUUGGCAGACAAGUGUUUGAGUCUAAACUCAGCACUAGACCAGUGACCAAGACCUUUCAGAAAGGGAGCCGAGAAUGGGAUGGGAAAGAGCUCGAGGUGAUCGACACCCCAGACAUUUUGUCCUCUUGGGUCCAGCCAGAAGUAACAGCUGAGGAGAUCUGUCAAGCUGUAGCCUUCUCCUCACCAGGGCCUCACGCGGUGCUCCUGGUGACACAGCUGGGCCGGUUCACAGAAGAGGAUCAGCAUGCCGUCAGACGCCUCCAAGAGGUCUUUGGAGCAGGGAUCCUGGCUUACACCAUCCUGGUGUUCACCCGGAAGGAAGACCUGGCCGGGGACUCCUUGGAAGAUUAUGUGCGUGAGAACGACAACCAGAGCCUUGCCAACUUGGAUGUGAUAUGUGAGCGGCGCCAUUGUGGUUUCAAUAACGGGGCGGAGGCAGCUGAGCAGGAGGCCCAGCUGCGGGAACUUAUGGAGAAAAUUGAAGGAAUCCUGUGGGAAAAUGAAGGUUGUUGUUACACCGAUGGGGCUUACCAAUACUCCCAGCAGAACUUUCUGCUUCAAGAGGCACAGGAAAAACAGAUAGCCCAGGGGUAGGGCUCUGAGGAGGUGCUCAUCAAGGAGUCCUGGUCGGAAGGUCUAUCCCAAAUCCAGAAGGGUUCUGAGAAGACUCACAGACACCUCCUGGGGAGGGCAUUCAUCUGCGCUCAUGCUGGAUGUGAGCAGAAGAGUCCCUUCAGCUGCUGCACCCCUGUGUCUGGCAAGCUGCUUGCUUGCUCUCUUCCCACAAAACACUGCCCACUCCCCUGGACAGGGCACCUGGUGUGGCAAGAUGGACAGAGUUCUUGGUCUAGGGUGCCUGGCUUAUAUCCCAGGGCUUUCGUGGCUUCCCCAGAGCACUCGGGCCCUCCCUCUGCUCUACUCCAACAGCAUGCCACCCUAAUAUGGGACCUCUCACUUCUUUGACACUACAUUUCUUGGGGUCUGAGUCUGUUAGUGCUGAUGCACCUCAGCGUGAGCUGUUAACUUGGGCUUCAUUCUUGCCCAUGAAGGGGGCAGGUAUAAAGACUGGUAAGGUUCCUGUAGUGUGUGGUGGGUAGAACACAGCAGUUAGAUAAAAGAAGGAGGCCCAGACUCCCACCCAGAACUUUCAUUCCUAAUGUAAGCUAUUUUAAUAGGCUAUGUUCUCUGAGAUAUAUGUUGAAACCACCAACUUCUUUCUAAGCUUGUGAGAGACUUUCCUGCCACCCCAGCAGAAUGCCUGAUUCUAACACAUAUAUGACCUUCCUGGGUGGCAGAGAUAAGCCGUCCACCAUACUGCAAGCCAAGUACAGAUGGACAUGAGCAGAUUGUUAUACUGAGUGAAAACCUUGUGCUGAGAGCAGAAGACAGUAUGUGUGCAGAAAUCCUGUGUUGUGUGCAACAACAGCCAAGUGCACCUGCUCAGGACAACAGCCAGACUAUAAAAGCUGUGCUGGGCUCCUUCUCAGGAAUCCAGUCUGGAAACCCUCACUGUGCACUGUCUCUUUUGUGCUUGAGCAUAAAACCUCCAAUAAAGCCAUGUUUGGCUGAUAUUGCUUGCUUCUUCAUGAUUUCUAUCUCCAAUGUAGAAAAAGAACCCUGGGUAGAUCAGUAACAGCAGUGGCUGAGGGAGAGGCACAUGGGCAGGGAUAUAGAUACUGGGCUGGAGAUGACAGUGAGCAGGAACAGGGAAGGAAGUAGAAAGCACAGCCCUUUCUCUUGAACCAUAACAAACGGGUCUAAUCCCCUUUGGGAUUGGAGGAAUGAUGAAAGAAUUCAGGGUGGGGUGUCAAGAACCCAACUGGGCAAGAAGGAGGACCCCAUCUCUGGCCUCAAGAUGUAGAAGACCCUAGAGGUUCCAGGCUGGCAGGAGAGGUCAGCAGGCCCUUUCCAGGUAGACGAAGAUUGAGAGGUCAUAAUUGUUAUUCCCACCUUUUCCUUAUGUUCUAUGAUCUUAACUGUGGGUGGCCUCAGAAGACCCUGGUCAAGAAUAUCUCAGGCCCUUGCAUCCUGAGUAAAGAUUGAAUGGAGACACACUGAUGGGAAAGUAGUAGCAAAGUUUUAUUGAAAAGGAA